CCAACUGCAACAACACUCGCGAUGCCAGCCCCGACUUCUACGUCCAAGCCCGUGUCCCUCAUCAUCCUCGGCGGCGGCCAGCGAGGUGUCGUCUAUGCCGACUACACUAUUGCCCAUCCAGACCUCGCAGAGGUGGUGGCCGUCGCAGACCCUCGCCCACUGCGCCGCAAGCUGUUCGCCCGGCGGCACCACCUCGCCGAUGACAAGGUCUUCAACGACUGGGAGGACGUGGCCAAGCUGCCCCGCUUCGCCGACGCUGUCGUCAUCUCCACGCUCGACAAGCUGCACGCGCCCAUGGUCAGCGUCUUCUCAAAGCUCGGGUACCACAUCCUGUGCGAGAAGCCCAUGGCCACGAGCAUCUCGGAUUGCAUCAACAUGGUGCGCGAGAUCGAGUCCGGGCGUACCGACGCCGGCAGCCCGCUCGUCUUUGGCGUAGGCCAUGUGCUGCGAUACAGCCCGUACAACCAGGCCAUCAAGGAGGUCAUCAACUCGGGCGCACUCGGCGACAUUGUCAACAUUCAGCACAUUGAGCCCGUUGGCAACGAGCACUUUGUGCACAGCUUUGUCCGCGGCAACUGGAAGAGCGAGAACGAGACGACGUUCGCCCUCAUGGCCAAGUGCUGCCACGACCUCGACAUUGUCAACUUUUACCUGUCAGGACGCAAGCCCGUCCAGGUCAGCUCAUUCGGAAGCCUGUCGCUGUUCAAGCCGUCUCGCAAGCCAAAGGCAGCAGGGGACGCCAAGCGAUGCCUCGACUGCCCGGCCGAGGAGGACUGCGUGUGGAGCGCCAAGAAGGUCUACCUAGAGAAGCACCAGGGCAGCACCAAGCAGCACACCAACGUGAGUACGCCGGGACACCACGCCGCUGACAUCCAGUGGGCCGAGCACAUUGUCAAUGCGGAAGAAAUCAACGAGGCGACCGUCACCGAGGCCCUGAGGAACGGCCAGUACGGCGUCUGCGCAUUCGAAGCCGGCAACGACGUCGUAGACCACCAGGUGGUCAACGUCGAGUACGAGGACGGUGUGACCGCGAGCGUCACGAUGAGCGCGUUCACCGAGGCGGAAUGCAGCCGCGCGACCGUCAUCCAGGGGACGUUGGGCGAGCUCAUUGGCGACAUGGACACGUUUACCGUGUUCGACUUCCUCACACGGACAAAGAAGCACCACAAGCCAGACGCCGGUAUUGGACUCCACGGCGGUGGUGAUGCCGGACUGGCCGAGGCGUUCGUAUCCGCCGUGCACACCGACGACCAGAGCAAGCUGGGUAUCACGCCCGACGAUGUACUCAACAGCCAUCUGGUGGUGUUUGCUGCCGAGACGGCCAGGCGGGAGAAGAGGGUGGUCGACUUUGGGUCAUUCAAGGAGGCCGCGAUGCAGGCGUCGUAG